AUGCCAAAGGAACAGGUCAGAAAGAGAGGUCGACGAGUCCGUAAAGGAGACGUCCAAAACGAACCCGAAUCCCUACCCGAAGUACCCACGACGGAAAUCGACGAACCUGUGCCUUCAAGCUCGACAGCAACGGGUAUACAUCCCUCACGAGCGGCUUUCUUAGCUGGACAACCUAUCCCUCCAUCUCAGCCUCAAGAGCCAAGUGGUGAGCAAGAAGGAGAAGCCUAUGGGGAAGGCGAAGGAGCAGCGGACUGGACGAGGGGAUCAAGGAUAGAUUCCGAGUUUCCCUUUGGAGUUCUGGAUCCGGACGUUAAAGCGUAUUUUAGGAAUGUGGAAGAGCAGAUCAAGGAUUGGGAAGGGGUCAGCACGGAGGGAGAGGAACGUGAAGAUCGUCAACUAUUCUUAACAUCAGUUCUAUCGGAAUUACGUUCUCACGAAUUACCUACAUCUACCGAUCCUGAAACUUCUAUCAUCCUCGAAAGGCUCUUACCCUCCCUUAAUGACUGGGGUAGGAGGGUCAUAGGAGAUUCGUUUGGAGAUAAAUGGGAAGAACUCAUCAGACACAGAUUCGGUAGUCAUGUGGUUCAAACUUGGUUGACACUUGCUGCUAGUACUCUGGAUAGAGAGGCAAAGAACAUAUACCCUCCCCAGCAAUCCAAACAAGAUACUUCCAAAGGAUCAUUACCCAAAAUGACCGAAUUAUUCCUUAACAUCAUCGACCAAUUAUUACCAUCUUUCCCUCAACUCCUAUCUUCACCUCACUCUGCUCCGCCACUACGUCUCCUCCUCUUGAUAUUGACUCCUAAUAGGGCUUUACCAUCUUUGGAAUCUUCCGAUUCUUCACAAUCAGGCUCCGGGUUGAUCAGGUCUAAACGAUCGAAUAAGUUUAGGAAGAAUCAAGAAGUUAAAGGGAAAUCUAUCUUAGGCGAUGACGAGAAAAAAGAUACGGAAAGAAAAGUACCCCGAGAUCUGAUAGGUUUUAGGAAACAGAUAAGAAACGAUUUGAUGAGCAAGUUGGGAGAGGCGGAAUGGAAAGCUAUGGGUGUGGAUACUGUUGGAAGUGCCACUGUACAGCUGUUACUUGAGUUCGAAGUUGAAGAUGGUGAUGCUGAGAAAGAAGGAUCUUUGUUCGAUAUCAUAACGGAAGGAUUGAUAACGCAAAUUAAGCAAUCUCCCAACACAAAACCCGAAGCUCAACCUUACCUCUCAACCCUUCUUCAAACCCAGACCGGAACACGUCUAUUUGAAUCUCUCCUUUCCCUAGCCCCAGAAACAGUCUUCAAAGCAUUAUGGUCAGCCUAUUUCGUCGGUAAACUGGGUAAACUCGCUGGACACCCUUAUGCCAACUUUGUGACUGCUAAGGGAGUCUCGAGGCUAGAUAAGGAAGGGAUCGAAGGGUUGAUAGUGGAAGUUAAAGGUAAUAGUGGUGGAAGGGGAUUGAUAAAAGCUGCACGAACGAGUGUACUUCAAGCUUUGGUUGACAGGAGUGUCGUUCUGGAGGAAUGUCAGAAGUCUGUCUUGGAGUUGCUGUACUCAUGUCUUGAAUUGCCUGAAGAUAAAAGGUCGGAUUUGGUACCUUGUCUUAUGGCUUUGAAGACGUAUCCCAUGUACCAAGCUCUUUUAACUGGCUCAUCCGCACCCGAAGAUGAGACACCAGCAACUGAAGAUGUAGAUAAAGAAGCUGAAGACACAGCUGCCGCCUACGCUCGUAGAUCAGCAUGGGAGAACCGAAGGACCGCUAAGCCCAAAGUUGCCGAGGGUGAAAUCUUACCUAAUAUGCAGGGAUGCCUAAUAUUACAGGGUAUGAUGGGAAUGGGACAGGUCAACUCAAUAGUCUUGGAAAGUCUUAUUGCACAACCCCUACCUACCUUGCUCACUUAUGCGAAAUCGCCCAUCUCAUCACAUUUGUUCGAUAAAGUAUUCACAAACUCGGCUGUCCCACCGAAAUAUCGAAGAAAAGUGAUGAUGCUAUUCAUGGAAAGCUGGAGGGAGCUAGUGGAAGAUAGGAUUGGAAGUAGGGUGGUGGAUACGGUCUGGGAUAAGGCCGAUGGGUAUAUGAAGGAAAAAAUCGCCCGUACUCUCAUAUCCCAUAUUGUCGUAUUGGGACAAUCACAAUACGCGAAAUACUUUAUGAAGAAAGCGGAAUUAUCAUUAUUAUCGAGAAGACCGGAUGAAUGGAGAGAGAAGGUCGUAGGAGUAAAACAUCAUUUCGCUCAUCAGAAAGUCACUCCAGCUCCUGCUCAACCUCAGGCCCAGAUACAGGUUGAAGGACAAAAUGAAGUGGAAAAUAAGAAAAGAAAGAAGGAGGAUAAGAAAGAUGAGAUUGAUCUGUUAUUUGAUGGAGUAGAGGGUAAGAAAAAGAAGAAAUCGAAGAAGAAUAAGGAGUAA